AUGUUGAGCAAGACAGCAUUGGCUUUCGGUCUGUACGCCAGCGUCGUAAGCUGUGCACCUGCAUCUGCCACAGGCCCGACCGUGCACGUUAAAAAUGGCACAUACGAGGGUGUCUACUCGCUCGAUUAUAACCAGGACUACUUUCUCGGCGUCUCAUAUGCGCAGCCUCCAGUUGGCGACCUGAGGUUCAGGGUCCCGGCUCCCUUGAAUCAGACCUGGGAUGGUGCAAAGCCAGCUACGCAAUACUCUAGCGCGUGCUAUGGUUAUGGAUCUGAUCAGUGGGGCUACCCAGUCUCCGAGGAUUGUCUCUACCUUAAUGUCGUCCGUCCCGCUGGCUGUGAAGAAGAGAAGCUCCCUGUUGCUUUCUGGAUCCAUGGCGGCGGCUACUAUAUGGGGAGUGGUGUUGACCAGCGUUACAACCUCUCUUUCAUUGUAGAGAACUCUGUCAAAAUUGGCAAGCCAGUCAUCGGUGUCAGCUUCAACUACCGCCUUAGUGCUUGGGGCUUUUUGAGCGGCAGCGAGGAGCUCAAACAGUCUGGAGAGCUGAACCUUGGUCUGCGUGAUCAACGACUGGCUCUGCAAUGGAUACAGGACAACAUCAAGGGUUUCGGAGGCGAUCCAGAGAAAGUCACUCUGUGGGGUGAGAGUGCAGGUGCUGGAUCCGUUGGCUUCCACCUCACAGCCUACGGUGGACGGGAUGACAAGCUCUUUCGUGGUGCCAUUAUGGAAUCUGGCAACCCGGUGCACUUCAACCGCCUUAACGAGCCUAUGGAAUACGCCGACUGGUACAACGCGAUCGUAAGCCGCACACCAUGUGUGAAUGCCACAUCUCAGGUUGACUGUCUGCGCGCUCUGCCUGCCGAGCAGUACAACGCCGCCGUCAAUAUCACAAGCCCAACCUUAAACACCACCGAGUUCAUGCCCUCCGUCGAUGGUGACUUCAUCCAGAAGCGCACUUCUGUCCAGCUGGCGAAUGGCGAUUUUGUCCAUGUCCCAAUCAUUAGCGGCGCAAACAGCGACGAGGGAACUGCCUUCUCCCCUUCGCCUGUCAACAUCACCGAAGAUCUGUACAACUUCAUGAUGAGUGAGAACGAUGUCCCAGCCGAGCUUGCAAACCAGCUUUUAGAGGCAUACCCAGACGAUCCGUCAGUCAAUGUCGUCGCAAAUCUUGGAGACGCACGACCGGGCUCGCCAUUUGGCGCUCAAUUCCGCCGCUCAGCAAGCUACUUCGGUGAUUCGGUCUUCAUUGCCCCUCGCCGCUUGACCUGCCAGACAUGGGCCGCAGCCGGCGUACCAGCAUACUGUUAUCGGUUCAACGCCAUCCCCGCCGGCAUUUCGCCCGUCAUCGGUGCUACGCAUUUUCAGAAAGUCAGCUUUGUCUUCCUCAACCUUCUCGGAGUUGGAUACGCGCCGAUCGCGGUUCCACCUUUCACCAACAAGACACAGUCUUACCGCGAUCUCAGCCGCUUCAUGAGCAGCAGCUGGGUCAGCUUUGUCAGUGACUUGGAACCCAACUCGUGGCGCAAGGGCGGUGUGUGGAAUGGCCCUGAGAACACGUGGCCUGCAUAUGAUGUUGCGAACCCACAAGACUAUGUGUUUGAUGCGAAUGUUACGAGCCAUGUGGAGGUAGACACGUGGAGGAAGGAGGGCAUUGAUCUCAUUAAUGCUAACAACCUUCAGGCGUACAAAAGGUAG